AUGAAAGACUUAGGGGAACUGAAGUACUUCCUUGGCAUAGAGUUUUCAAGGUCAGAGAAAGGCAUCCAUAUAUGUCAGAGGAAGUAUGCAAUUGAGCUGCUAUCUGAGACUGGUUUAUCAGGAGGAAAACCAGCACUCACUCCACUAGAAUUCAAUCACAAACUUACCUCCAUAGAAUUUGACAAGGUGUUCAACAAGGAGAACUUGUCUGAUGACAGGCUACUUGAAGACAGAAGUGGUUAUCAAAGAGUAGUGGGAAGAUUGUUGUAUUUGACCAUGACUAGACCUGACUUUGUGGAACAGGUUCUAAGUCAGUUCAUGCAUGCUCCCAAGCAAUCACAUCUAGAUGCUGCUAUGAGAGUGAUCAGGUACAUUAAAGGGAAUCCUGGUCUUGGACUGUUCCUACCAUCAUAUGGCAAUCAAAAGUUGGUUGCAUUUUGUGAUUCAGAUUGGGGUGAUUGUGUAGAGACAAGAAAGUCAGUCACAGGCUAUGCUAUGAAGUUUGGUGAUGCCUUAAUCUCCUGGAAAUCAAAGAAGCAAGGAACAGUUUCAAGAAGCUCAGCUGAGGCAGAGUUCAGAAGCAUGGCCACUACUGUUGCAGAGAUAAAAUGGUUAGUUGGACUAUUUGAGGAGUUAGGAGUAUCAGUUGAGUUUCCAGUUCAACUUCACUGUGAUACCCAGGUUGACAUCAAAUUGCAGCUCAUCUUAUUUUUCACGAAAGAACCAUACACAUAG